UAUCAUCAUGAAAGCUUUAUGGCUGUGCCAUAGGUUAUUGUUUCCACUGGGAAACUAACGUUAGUUGUAGCACACACGUCCCAUUUUAUUGAUGGACUUAUGAAAUGACUGGGAAUAUUUACUUAUCUUCUUGGAAUUUCAAAGAUGAUAAGUAAAUAAUUCUCAGUACUUCCAAGUUGAAAAUAAAUGAUUAAAUGUUUCCAUGUACUCCUGCAAUGUGCUUGUACACCCAAUGUGCUUGCGAAUCACUGUUCUAAGUAUUCAUAGUAUACCCACCUCUUAUUUCACCACUACACUCAUUUGCAUUUUGCUGACCCUUUUUCAUAUUUGUUUUCGCAAGAUGUUGACAGACGCCUCACAGCAGGAGACUGUGGACAGUGUAGACACUGUGGAGAGUGUCGAUACUGGGGAUCAGCCCUUGCCCUCCUCCACUUCUGACGCUGGGACACAGUGUUCUUUGAAGCCCCCCCGAUGGUCUCACGCUGUGCAGGUUAACCUGAAGCCCAAGAUGGUCAGCGUGGGCACACAGACAUCAUUCGGCACACAAACCUCCACUCCCCUUGCUAGUCCUGAACAGACAGAUGAAGAUGAUGAUAAUGCCUCUGUCAUCAGUGACUUAUCGUGGGUGCCCGAAGAGCCGAUGCAUGAGGAAGACUUGUUUGAUGAGGAGCCACCUUACACGUGUGACCCCCAUCACAAUGGCAUUGACAAAUUCAUUGUUUGCCAAGAGGAGCUGAUGGGCCUUUUUGUCAUCUGUCCGGCCUGUUGUGAGAGGUCAGAUAGUAGCAUCGUGCAGCAGGAAGGAACUUUUCUUAAGAUCAAGCAGGUCUGUGCAUCAUGUGGCUACCACCGUUUCUGGCAAAACCAGCCAAUGCUCCACAGGAACAUGCCGACCUGCAACCUCCUAAGCGGGGCCAUUCAUUUCACUGGAUGUUUGGCCACCCAGACAAUAAGAAUGUUGACUCUGUUUGGCCUGCAGUGCAUCAGUGCAAGCAGUUACUUUCGCCAUCAGCGCCGCUACACCAUCCCUGUAAUCGUUCAGGCCUGGCAAAACGAUUAAGCGAAGAAUUUUAGUGACCUACGGGCAAUGGAUGGCGGGCUAGUUCUUGCUGGUGACUGCAGGUCAGAUUCUCCUGGGCACUGCGCGAAGUAUGGAUCCUACUCUCUGAUCGAGGACAGAGUGAACAAGGUGGUGGAUGUUCAGCUUGUUCAGAUCACUUAUCCGAUUCCUGAACCCUUGUCUGAGAUCUGAUCAAACCGGCCCGAUUGCUCCUAGAAAAGAGGAGUUAACUGAUACAGAGUGAAUGUUCUACGAUCCAAGUCAUUUGGAUUUCCAGUUGUUCUCCGUGCAACGAACUAUCUUCACUAAACCAGCACCUGAAAAGUCACCUGAUACUUACCUUUCACCUUCUAUACUUGAAUAAAACUAUAUUUGAAUCACUUACCUCCGAUCUCCUGGUCUCUACCCUGACACAUG